AUGUUUAAAUACUCGAUUGGGCUAUCGUCAUGGCCACGGUUUAAUGUGGCAGCUUUGAGGAACGUCAGAUUUUUGGCCUCUGAAGCCAGAGUCACUGUAAAGCCUUUGCACUCGAGGAAAACAUUUCUGAUCGAUUCUUAUAAAGAUAUGAUGGAUAAAAAUCCUGUUGUACUUUUUGCACACCAUAACAACCUGUUGAAGCAAGAAAAUGCGUUUUUCCGCUCACAAAUCCAGCAAUUAGGCGGCAAAAUGACAGUGGUGAGGAACCAGCUGUUUCAAGUGUACCUACGGAAUUCACAUCUUGAAGAUCCAUGUGCUCCUUCUGAAAAAUUAGAGCAGAACAGACAGCAUCCACUAAUGCCUCUUUUCAAAGGCCCGACUGCGGCUAUAACCUUUUCCGAAACAGAACCCGACAAAAUCGCAAAGCUACUGAAGCUUCUGGAUAAGAGCUCCGAUAAGAUGUUUGUUGUGGGCGCGAAAAUCGAAGGACAAGUGUUGGACGUGCCCAGCAUUCACGACUUCAAAACGCUUCCGUCGAAGAAUGCUUUGCAAGGUCAGCUCUUGGGUCUGCUUACCGUGCUCAGCGGUGCAGGUCUGGUCAGGACUUUGGAGGCAGGCUCCCACUCUCUAUACCUCACUUUACAAUCGCAUCACGACAAUAUCGACCCUGAAAACAAGAAGUCCGAGUGA